UUUAUCUCUGCUUAGGUCUUCUUGAUUUCUUGUUUUCCGUCAAUGGAGAACACUAACUCUCCACUGCCUUGUAUUGUUAUUGAUCAAGAUCGUAGGAAUAACACACUGAAAUCGUUACCACCUGGUUUCAAGUUUCUACCAGAAGAUUAUGAGUUGAUCAAGUAUUAUUUGCAAGCUAAACUCAAUGGUCGCCCUAUUCCUUGUGAUCAAAUUUAUGAUGUUAAUGUUUACAAUUAUGACCCUCAAGAACUCAAUGAUAUAUUUAAACGUGAAGGAGUACAAGACAUGUAUUUUUUCAAUUCAAGAAAUCGGAAAUACCCAAAUGGACAUCGCCCUGAUCGUGCUGUUGAAGGUUUUGGUUUUUGGAAGGCUAGUGGAAAAGAAACACCAAUAAAUAGCAAUGGAAAUACUAUUGGAUUUAAAAGGACAUUGGUGUUUUACAGAGGAAAACCUAACAAAGAUCCAGUGAAAACAAAUUGGAUUAUGAAAGAGUUUACACUAAAUUACAAGGCGAAUGUUGCAAGCUCAGGCACUGCACUUCCAACUAAGUUGGAUGACUGGGUUCUUUGCAAAAUUUAUAAGAACAAAAGUAAUAAUAUGAAAAGCCAAGAUACUGAGAAAGUGAAUGAAGGCCUAGGUGAAAAGCAAAGUCAACACUUUGAAGAAAUGGCAACAUCGCAUGAAGUGAUUCCUGCUCAGCAAAUGCAAAUUCCUUCUUCAGAUUUUCCUAUUUUAGAGAACCUAACUGUUAAUACCAAAAUUAAAUACCUUGAGUCAAGAACAAUACUUUGUUAUUUGAAUAUAUUUCUAUUUGCAUGCCUUAUAUUUCGACCUACUUGGCCACUGGAUGCAUGCUUCAGAUAUACCAAAGCGGCUUUGGUCGAAAUUAAUGGUUCAAGUUUGUUAUCUCAAAUUGGAAGACCAAGUCAAAUUGGUAAUUGAUCAAAUUGACAGCACAUACUUUGCGGUUACUAAAUGAUGCUUGGAGUGGGUUUUUCAAAUUGUCAAACGGUUAUCAAGUGAAACUGGCAGCAGCAUAGCAUAGCAUCAUGGAGUAGUUACUACAUAUUAGGGAGAGUUGUUGCUGGAAGUUAUUAUUUUGUAAUCAUGCCAAAUAAAUGGCUGUAGAUUGUGUAGUUAUUUCUAGUUCAUUUGUAACCGUAGGAUCUAGUAGCAGUUUCAUUCCAAGUUCUAUAAGUAGCAAAUCUAAUUGUAAAAUUACUCAGACUCACACAAUUACUCAAAACUCUCAAUGGAUGCCUCCAAGUCUCAUGUGACAUAUGGCUACAAAGAGACUAAGAGUGUGCUGUGAUUCUCACCUUUAAUUUUCAAUGCAAUUUCAUUUCCUUUGCCAUUUUGAUUUCCUUUUACUUUUUGUUCCUCUUUUUCCUUUCGAUCCUCUACUAUUUUUUCCCUUUUGUUCAUACUGUUCUUCACAAAAACCCGACCUUGACAUUUAAAACGUCUUCACUAAAGAACCCAGAGAGGACUCCGAAUC